CACGCGGCUCAAUCACGACAUUUAUUCGGCGUUCACUAUGCAUCACCUCAACACUCUCGGUGUAAGGACGCCCAAACACAGUAGACUGUACUGUAAAUACUACACGUGCCACAUCCACUUCACCUUACAGGAUUCUCUCCGCAAAUAACAUGGGUUAAGAGGAGGAUGUCUGGAUAAUUCAUUUCAACUCUUUGCAAGGAUGGGGACUCGGAGAUUGUUUUCUGGCAGAGGCAUUUUGACAAAGACGAAGAGAGAUAUCAAAGAAGGGCUUUAAUAUCAUCCUUCAACUCUUUCAUUUCAUUUCCUUUCCUUCUUUUCUGUUUUGAGAGAUGAUCGCAGAGUUGGUGUGCAGCGCCGUGGCACUGCUCCUCUAUGUCAACACUCUGGACGCCGAUUUCUGCUACGAUGACAGCCGUGCUAUCAAGACCAACCAGGACCUUCUCCCCGAAACACCUUGGAUCAACAUCUUCUACGAUGACUUCUGGGGGACCCUUCUCACCCACAGCGGUAGCCAUAAGUCCUAUCGCCCACUCUGCACACUCUCCUUUCGACUCAACUACGCCCUGGGUGCCUUAGAUCCCUGGGGUUACCACCUGGUCAAUGUGGUCCUACACUGUGCCACGACUGCCCUGUUCUCUAGCCUCUCAAGCCUGCUGCUUGGGUCGGGUUGCUGGAGCCUGCUGGCUGGGCUUCUCUUUGCCGCUCACCCCAUUCAUACCGAGGCCGUGGCGGGCAUUGUGGGCCGGGCCGACGUGGGAGCUGCCCUCUUCUUCCUUCUGGCCCUACGCUGCUACAUAUGCCAUUGUGCCAUGAAGACGAGUGCCCACAGGCGAAGCUGGACGUGGUUUUUGGCUACCUUGGCGUGUGCUUCCUUCAGCAUGCUGUGGAAGGAACAAGGCGUAACGGUGCUGGCUGUGGCUGCCAUGUACGAUGUGUUUGUCUUCCACGGGUUUAAGCUACAGCAGGUUCCCGCUCUUUUCCAGAAGAAGAAGAACCUGCACCUGCUGUUGAGCGUGUUUCUUCUGGGCUUCUGGGGUAUCAUCCUUCUAGCUUGCCGUCUUUACUGGAUGGGCAACAAACCUCCAAACUUCUCCAACUCGGACAACCCUGCAGCAGAUUGUCCCUGUUUCCUGACAAGAACGCUAACGUUCUUUUUCCUCCCCGCCAUGAACGUUUGGCUCCUCCUGUGCCCUGACAUGCUGAGUUUUGAUUGGUCAAUGGAUGCCCUGCCUCUUCUGAGGAGCAUUACAGAUUGGCGAAACCUCCACACCAUUGCCUUCUACGUCUCGCUUCUGAUGCUGGCGUGGUUUGGCCUUCGCCAAUACCCAACCAAAAGUAAGGAGACCAACGGGAAAGCCAAUCAUGUAGCAAAUGGGAAGUCCACGAACGGACACAGUUGUAGCUCUGAUCAUGAACUCUCGAGUUUUUACUCCAACUCAGUGCACGUGAAUGGAACAAACGGGACUGCAAAACACUAUUCGUCAUCUUUACCCACCACAGAGAGUUUGGUGGUCUUCUCAUUGGGUCUACUAGCCGUUCCCUUCCUGCCUGCCAUCAACCUGUUCUUCUAUGUGGGCUUUGUGGUGGCGGAGCGAGUACUGUACAUCCCUAGUAUGGGCUUCUGCCUGUUGGUAGCAGUGGGGAUGAGAGCUUUAUAUGUUAGAUUGAGGAGGAAGUCCUCCAGAACUUUGGUUCUAGGGUGCUCUGCCGCCCUGGUCCUUCUCUUUGGGAUUAAGACAGUGUUGAGGAACCGUGACUGGCAGAACGAGGAGAUGCUAUACAAGUCAGGAAUAUCUGUGAACCCUGCUAAAGCCUGGGGUAACUUGGGAAACGUCCUUAAGAACCAGGGAAAGGUGACGGAGGCCGAGCAAGCCUACAGGAACGCUCUGUACUACCGGAGGAACAUGGCUGACAUGUUGUAUAACCUGGGUCUGUUGCUCCAGGAAAACAAUAGAUUCUCAGAGGCCCUCCACUACUAUAAGCUGGCAAUUGGGAGCAGGCCAACACUGGCUUCCGCCUACUUGAACACAGGAAUUGUCCUGAUGAACCAGGGCCGUCUAGAGGAGGCCAAGCGCACCUUUGUCACUUGUGCCGAUAUCCCAGAUGAAAACCUGAAGGAUCCUCAUGCACACAAGAGCUCAGUCACCAGCUGCCUGUAUAACCUGGGAAAGCUUCUUCAUGAACAGGGUCACCAGGAGGAGGCUAUAUCGGUAUAUAAAGAAGCAAUUCAGAAGAUGCCCAGGCAGUUUGCCCCACAGAGCCUUUAUAAUAUGAUUGGAGAGGCCUACAUGAGGCUGAACAAAUUGACAGAGGCAGAACACUGGUAUAAGGAAUCUCUCCGAUCCAAGCCGGACCAUAUACCUGCACACCUCACUUACGGCAAGCUCCUGGCUAUGACGGGUCAGAAAACUGAAGCGGAGAAGUUCUUUCUCAAGGCAAUCGAGCUCGAUCCUACUAAAGGAAACUGCUAUAUGCAUUAUGGUCAGUUUUUGCUGGAGGACUCGCGGCUUUUGGAGGCUGCCGAAAUGGCAGAGAAAGCUGCCCAGUUGGACAGUGAAGAAUUUGAUGUGGUUUUCAGUGCAGCUCACAUGCUCAGGCAAGCCAGCCUCAAUGAUGCUGCUGAGAAGUACUACGGACAAGCAGCCAGCCUGAGACCCAAUUAUCCCGCAGCCCUCAUGAACCUUGGAGCUAUUCUCCAUCUCAAUGGCAAACUCCAAGAAGCGGAGGCCAAUUACCUGCGAGCCUUGCAGCUGAAACCGGAUGAUACCAUCACUCAGUCCAACCUGCGAAAACUGUGGAAUAUCAUGGAAAAACAAGGCUUAAGGACCAUGGCUCCUUGACUUGGACACAUUUGAUCUGACAGCUUCUCUGAAGUUGUAAAGGAAAUGUUCUCUCUGAGCUCUCAGUAAUGAGGUAAUUGACAUCCUAGGGCUGACAAAGAACAUCUUCAAAACCUGGGUUACCCAUGGGAUGCUUAAGCAUGCGAGAGCGGCUUCGUCUGGUAAAACUGAGACAUUCUGGAACAAUCUAGAACUGCGGAGCUCUUCAGACGUGUCGGGAGUCCUUAACUUGAAGUGGCCCAUAGAUGCAUACUUGAAGUCUCAUGAUAGAUUAGAUGUUAAUUAGUUAGUCAAUGCUUAAUAGUCUUGAAGGGCAAUAUUUGCCCUGGGACUGAGAAGGAAUUGAGAGUGCUACAACCCCCAUGAGGCUAUACUCUGCAUGUACAGUACAUUUAAAUGUCAUUUCUCUAUUCAUAUGAUUGGAAUCAUUAAUAUUUAAUGAGCACAUCAUGGCUGACAGAAACGCCUGGAGGCAAAAAAACGAUAAUAUCUUCUAAAAAUCAUCAAAAUAAUUAGGUAAAUAAUUAGCCAAACAUGUCAUAUGUCUUUCUAACUGUAAAAACAAACGCCAAUUGUCAAUGAUUGAUUUGUGAGGUUGUAGACUUAGGGUGUGUUCACACUUUUAGUUUGUUUCUCUUGGUUCUUUUGGUCUGGAUCAAAAAAAAGGAAAAUAAUUCAUUUAGUGUACCAGAGUUCGUUUUAAUCUAACCAAACCUGCCAAGUGUGUACACACCCUUAAUGACACUGUACAUAUGAGCACAGAUAAUAUGUGAAGUUUGGUUUGGGAUGUAGAAUUCUUAGCGAAUGCUUUUAAACGUUCCAUCAACGUUUUGUCAAUCCAGACAUGAUGA